CAUUGUCGCUCGUGAUCGUUGGGACGGCGCAACGCGGAAGUUGUUUGUUGCCUCGAACGAUUUUAAGCUUUGGUUUAUUCUUAAUUAUCAAACUAUGGCAGCAGCUUGAUCCGUGAAGGUGUGAUGUUGAAGAUACAUGGUUGUUACCAAUAUUUCUGUUAAAGGUAAUGGCAUUUUACAUAUAAAGCAUAAUUUGGUGUUGACUUUUGAAUUGUUUUUCAGCUUAGAGAGGAUAAAAGCCACAUCCUGGUUAAGGAGAGCUAGAAGUUUAUAUAACAGCAGGAGUUUAUAUUAUAACUUUGCUGAUAUGUACGUUCAGAGUCAGAAUCUGUUUGAGAAUGAUGUUUCUCUUCGUAUAUUUAUCCUGCGUUUUAGUUAUCAAAUAUUCAAUGGACAUCCUUCGUUUUUAGAUGUCAUGCCGUUUCUAACUCGAGACGGUCCACAAACGACAUUCAAUCGAUUAAGUGUUUGCUCGCUCAGGGAGAUAAGCUCCUCUUUUUUCAGCAAACACACGCUGUUCCUAAUCACUGUUUCCAAACCUGAUUACUGACCAAAAUGCUGAUGUCUGUAGUCUCCUGCUGAAGGAAGAAGGAGGGGCUGGAGCUCAGAGGUAAAGGGUAAAGAUCAAGCUCAAUGAUCCGUGCAAGUCAUGUUCACUGAUGUUCCCCGAGGUAGAAGUAGAGAGGGGAUUUUCCCUUGAUGGUUUUAUUAGAAGAUUGAUUAAGCUCCUCAACUUUUGGCAAACUCGUGACACAAAAAGUUGCAUUGACUGAAACAGUGAGAACAUUGUACUCCAAUGAAAUAGUGGUGUGUGAAAUACUGCCAUCUUGGUGGAAAAGGUGUAAAGUGUGCCUCAGGGUGGGGGAAAGGUUUAACUGAUCAGUUAUGAUGUCAAGCUUUACUUGUCAAACAUGAUUAUUAUAAGUAGAUCUGGAACACAGUAUCCUUCAAAAUUCCUACAAUACAGUAAAUUAUUUGUUAAGGGAAAGUAUUGGAAUGUCGUAUGUUGACACCCAUAAUAAUAAAAAUGUGAUGAUCUAGACACUAGACUAAUCGGUGAUAAAGUCCUGCUUCAUAUUUGGGCUGAGGAGCUGGAGGUUUGAGCCAUAGGAAAAAUAGUGGGGGGAAAUUCUGUGCAGUUUAAUUCCAAUCUUUAGAAAUCAAUCAAUGGUCAUGAUGUUUUCUGAUAUAGACUUAAAGAGGGGCUUUUUCUUUACUGGAUUUAUUACUAAAUUGUUUGAUGUUGUGGCAAACACAGGAUUAAAUCAAAAAGAGAAAUGUUUGUGAGUAGAAAAUGCCUACACAGCAUUGCUGUUGAAGGACAUAAAGCAGUUUAGUCAUUUCCCGUGUUCUCCUUUUCUCAUUCCGCAGAUGUCAUAUGUGCUCAUUCACAACUGGCAGAAUGAUCAAAAGUCAAGAAGAUGAAUUCAUUACUGUGAGAGUUCAGGAUCCUCGUGUGAUGAAUGAGGGAUCAUGGAACUCGUAUGUGGACUUCAAGAUUUUUCUUUAUACCAACAGCAAGGCUUUCACAGCUAAAACCUCCUGUGUGCGUCGGCGAUAUAGUGAGUUUGUGUGGCUGAAGCAGAAACUGCAGAAGAAUGCUGGUCUGGUACCUGUUCCUGACCUGCCCGGAAAGUCUUUCAUCCACUUUAACAACACAGACUUCAUUGAAAAGAGGAGAAAGGGUUUACAGAGCUUCCUGGACAAGGUAGUGCACAUGACCGUGUGCCUGUCCGACAGCCAGCUCCAUCUGUUUCUGCAGACUCAGCUUCCUGUUAGUCACAUUCAAGACUGCGUAAAGGGUCACACUCCUUACAGCGUGACUGACGCCAUUCUAACUUAUGCCUCGUCUAAUCGCGGCUGGGCUCAGGAGGAAGGUGGCGGGCCACUGGAGACAUGCCCAACACCAAUUUCUUAUGAAUCAAUUGAGAGCCCCUCUCCAAAUGUUCCCUCUUUACAACAUGAAGAAGGAGCUGUAGAUGAGCCUGACCUAAACUCUGUUGACUUAAGAUUGCAAGAAGACGACACAACUAUACAUAAUCGUAGAGAUGGCCAAGAAGGAAGAGUACAGGAUGGGGAGAGUUGUGAACGCCUGGAGGUGGACGUCCAUCAGCAGGUUCCUAUUUUGGACAUCCAAAACACUAAAGAAGGAAGUGGUAUCAGUAUACUAGAUGAGCAAAAACCAAUACACGACAACACCAAAGACAGCAUUGCAAAUGGAGUUGAAUAUGUGGUCUCGCAGGCACCCACUGAAGCAGAUAAGUCUCAGCUAAACCAUGUAGCUAAUAAUAACAAAUUGGUCAACUUUUUUUUCUAACUUUAUUCGCUAUUCUGAGAAGCAUGUUAAAGUUUAAAGAAAGUUUAUACAAUGAUUUAAACUGAACCUAAUACAGCUUUUCUACAAAUACACUACAUUACAAUUAUUUGCUAUUUUGGUUCCAUAUUAGACCCAAACUCUUUCUCAGACAACUGCUUGUAUGUGGGUAAAGCUGAACACAGUUUCAAGUGAGCUCAUCAGUCAUUAGUAUCUAGUAAAGAGAACCAAGAUCAAGUCGGGACAAACAAAUUACCUGACCAGUGGAAGUCACUGAGUCACCAGUGGUGAACAAAGUAUGUUGUCUAAUCAUAAAGAUUCUGCUUAGUUGAAUAGACACAAUGUGGCCUUUUUUUUUUGCGUUCAUGUUUGAUGUUUACAUUUACAAACGAGGUAGAAUACAACCUAUGCAUACAGCUGAGAUGUUGAUGGUUAGGGGCCUUGUUCAAGACUUUCUGGCAGUCCUGAAAGGGUGCAUAAAAGAAGCUACAGUAAUUUAAAACAUAAUUAAUGUUAAGUGUACAGCGAAGGGUGCAGUGUUUGAGCCUGUGUUAAUGGCAAAUCAUAAAAAUAGAACGUUCUGAAGAGACAUUCAAGCUGAAGUCAUGUGCCCCAGAGACAAAGAAACACAAAUCUUUGGACACCCUUAAACUAGUAAGAAGAAAGAUAACCAGGUGACAGUGAAACAUAUAACAGUGAGUAAACAAAUAUCAAGGGGCAAAAUUAAAACCUGCUUCAUAGUGUCCCAGCUUCCAGAGACUUCAGUAAUGUGUUUUUGUUUUUGUUUUUUUCUUUUGUUUGAUUUCCUACUGCUGUAAACUCCUGGAAUUUGGAAUCUAGUCUUAAGAUGUUUCACUCUUUCAGUGAGUGUACAAGACAAGAUGGGUGACUGACCUUUCAUUGAAAUUGAUGUGCAUUGAUUUUAAUAGUUGAGAGUUCAUCUGAUGAUAUCCCAUCUCACUCAUUAAUGUAGAUGAAGGAAGAGAAUGCAUUUUGGCGAUUGGGGCAUGUGCAGUCUUUGGAACAGAUUCUCCUCAGUGUUCCCUAUACAGGAGGUCCAGGUGGAGUGAAAUUAACACAAUAACUAUUAGCACCCAUUGUUAAAUAAAUAAAGGCAAUAGUUUUGCAUUUUAAAGUCUCCUUAUAGUUUACCUCUUCCUGUAAAGUAUUUCCUCCUACCUCUCAAAAACAUGUCGUUAUGUGAAUUUGUGACUCUAAAUUACCCCCAGAUAUGAAUAGGUGUCCAAAUGUGUCUGUGCAUUGUGCCCAGGGUGUUUUCCUACCACAUGCUCAGAGUAUUUUCUGAGAUUCACUGACACCCUGAAUAAGAUAAAACAUUUAUUCCACAGCCUAGUUUCAGCAUGGCAGAGGCAAACUAGUUUUGGGCUAAAACAUCCUUCAGAAACAGUGAUCAUCAUGAGUACAGCUGCAAGUCAUCACUUUCCAGUGCACCAUCAUAUUUCAUAGUGGAUAUGGUUUUUUUUUGUUUGUUUGUUUGUUUUUCCAUGUAUACAGACCCCGUUUGUCGCCAAACACACCAAGGAUGAUUUUGAUUUUUUAUGAAAAUAACCAAACAAUUCAGUUGUUCCACUACUUUUGUGGGUUGUGCUUGGCUGUGCUCUAUUGUGCAACUUUUCUAAGUUUAAUGGUGACUAUCACCUGAUUUUGAAAAUUGAUAACCCUUAAAAUGGAAUUUUUGAUUCUUACUUUGUCAAAAUCACCGUCUUCAAUAUGCACUGGGGCAAGAAGCACAAACUUUCUCCUUUGGGCAUGUAUGCAACUGUUCCAGUAAUUGUAGCUGUAAUUAGUUGAUAUUUCAUUUUGUUUACAUAUGUUUUUAUACCAGUUACCUGAUUGGUGUAGGUCAGUGUCUCAUUUCAGCUGAAAGCUGUUUGGUUUUCCAGGCAGAUGACAAAGUACAGUAUAUUUCAACUGGUGAAAAGCACAAUACAGAUACUAAAGGUUGGAAGAUUGUAAAAAGCAAAGAAUUUCAUAGGGAAUGUGAAGUAAAAUAUUUCGUAUACUGCAUGCUUUGCUUUUAUUCUAUGAUGCUAGUUACAUCCUGUUAUAAAUGGUCUAGCUAUGGUGCUAGACAGUGCAUUAUGGGUAUUCCAUAUCUGAGUUAUGGGAUUUCUUGACUGCACAGGAUAUUUCUUCACAAUACUUUCAGACAUGGCUUAAAAAGUAGAAAACCUUCAAAAUAGUGCCAUAUGUUGUUAAUAAGGUGUGGCUAGAAAAUAAUUUCAGUGCUUAUAAAUCCAGUGAUCCAUAUGAAGCUGUUUGAAGUAGUGUGUCUUGAGUGGGACGGUCUGCCAUUAAUAAACCUCCAUCCAACAGAAUGUCCAAUCAUUGAUGAAAGGGGAAAGAAAUUGCACAGAUGGACACACUCCAUUAGUUGUCAUUCUAGUAUAAAAUUAUUUAAUGACCCAUAAGAUUGUGUACAUUUUAGUUUUUGGAGGUCCUGUAAGGCAGAGUACAACCUUCCAGAGUGCUUCAACAAAAUACAAGAUGCUAUAGAUACUCUGGGAGGCAAACAUUAGGAAGACGAAUGUUAGACAGUGGAGGCAUGAAAGCAUAUUGUCUGUCUUGAUAAAUCUUAGUUGCUGCUGCUGGGAUUUCAAGGUCAUAGAGUAAAGCAGGAGUCCAUGUUCCCUUCAUACUGCAUGCUUAUAUUAACGGACACUUGGAAUGAAUAAUGAAUUCAGAUUAAUUAAGGCUGUCUUGUUGAUGCAAUACAAUAGUAAUGUGCCCCUAAUGUUUUGUACAAGUAGGACAUUGGCUUCUUAGGAUAUAAGAACUUUCCUCUCUCUCUUGUUGUUGUACACUGUUUAUUUCACUGAUGCUUGUUAUAUAAUAUUGAGGCCAGAGGAACAAUCUAUUACAGGAGAUCUGUUCCUCUGGCUGAGUUGAAUGUUGCACAAAGCAGAACCACAUCAAUAUGACGACGGGGGGGAUACACGAACAAAGUAUUCACUGAUACUUGAUGAUGCUGUAUGCCCAGUCUAACAAAUACAAAACAAAAAUAAACCGACCAAUGUGCAAUCAUGUAAAUAAGGAUUCAACAUAGCUUUUUAUUUUUUCAUAUUGUUACACUAAAGCUAUGGGAAUAUUUUUUUUGUUUUCCAGUGGUUUACAAAAGGCUGCUUAUACUGUUCUAGGGAAAGGGAAAGCACUGUAACAGAUAAGUGAUUAAUAGCAAAGGGUACUGUUUUGUUUGAACUAUUUCUGAGCAUAACUGUGACUACUAUUCUGUUUGAAUAUUUAUACUGCAUUUGACAUUGUUUCUCUGGUUUAAUUGUGUGGACUACACAGUAGUACACUUAGUUUUAGAGUAAAUUAAAUUACGUUAGACACAACCCAGUUUCCUCUCAACAUUCAUUUUAUCAUUUUGACUUUGUGGAAUCUUCAUGCUGUGAUUUUUAAUAUUCUGUAUAAAAAAUCAUUAAAAAAAAGAAUGUAAAUGGGCUAAGCUUAUCUGCACUGACCUUCAAGCUUCUGAAAGUGAUAUGUACUAAUGAGAAAUAAAGGUGAGAAAAAUAA